UCGUCAAUUCCGUGCGAGACGGAGCUAACAAAUAGACACCCCUUCAAGCUCCCAGAAACAUGGCCACCACAACGACGCCGCCGCCGCCAAGGCAAAGAGGCCGAUUCGGACUCGCGAAAUGUGCAGCCCUGACCUUGCUGUCCCUGAUCGUGCUGGCGGGCUUGGCCGUGCUCAUCGCUUGGCUGGUCAUCCACCCGAGACGGCUGGUUUUCACCGUGGACGACGCCUACAUCGACCAUUACAACUUGACCAAGGACCACCUCGACGCCACGUUCGACCUCUCCCUGCGGGCCUACAACCCGAACCGCAGGGUCUCCGUGUAUUACGACGACAUCCAGGUGACGGUGGAGUACGACCACCAGGGCCUCGCGAGCACAACUGCCGAGCCCUUCUUCCAGGGCCACAGGAACGAGACCGAGUUGCACGUGAUGCCGCAGGCUUGGGACGUGGCCCUGCACAGUCCCGCGUCGAAGAUCCUGAGGACCGAGAGGUCGUCCGGAGCGGUACAGCUCGAGGUUCGGCUUCAUGCCAAGGUCAGGUUUAAGGUCGGGAUCUGGAAGUCACGGCAUCGGUUGCUCCGGGUUUAUUGCGCCCCUGUGCUCGGCCUCUUCACGAGGGCUCGGAGUUUCGGGACGAAGGACUGCGACGUCGACCUCUAGGGCAUUGCCGGUUGCGAAAAUCCAAUUCAUUCAGCUAUACUUUCUUUGGUUUCUAAGCAUGUUUUUCUUCUCUUUCUUUCGAACGAGGGGAGUGUGAUUGUUGAAUAUUAUUCGUGAUUUUGUAUUCCUUUGUUUUGGACGAUCAAUUGUUGGUGUAUCGUGUAUAAAACAUUCGUAUUGUGUCUGCAAAU